CAAAGCUCCUCGUCACGCCCUAGCCAAUAGCAAGAGCAUCAGGUUUUCAGAAAGUACGAAACCCGGUCGCCGUGAGCACUGAGCAGGACUGCAGGAGCCGCUCUCGCAGGAGGAAACCUCUGCACCCCUUCAACAGCAUGCACGGACUAUCCGACCAGUCUGAGGACGAGGGGACCCUGGGCUCUCUAGACAGCGAGGGCCGGGCAGCAAAGCGCGCCAGGAGGGAGUUAGUCAGCAGCAGUGAGAGCAGUGGCAGUGAGUCCGUGAUACUAGCGCCCCUUCCAAUCCCCCCAACCCCAGAAGAAGCUGCUGCUGCCUCCAGAGAGCAGGCGGAGGAGGCCGCGGAGUAUUUGAACUUCCUUUCGAGCCUGCCGCACAUCUCCAAGGUGGCGCGGCGAUCGCGGGGGCCGCUGCUACCGCCGCCGCGGCCGGGCCGGGACGGCCGCGUGCGCAAGACUCUAGUGUUGGAUCUGGACCACACGCUCAUCCGCAGCACCCUCUUCAACCCUCACAAGCCCGCCAAGGACAGCCGGGAGGUGUUUGUCACGGGUGACGGCGCGCGGACCGCAUUUGAGCGGCGGCCGCAUCUGACGCACUUCCUAGAGUCGGUGUCCACGCUCUUUGAGAUCGUCGUCUUCACUGCCGGUAGCCAGAGCUACGCGGGCCCGCUGCUGGACAUUCUGGACCCCGAGCGCAGGCUCUUUGAGCACCGGCUGUUCCGUGACUCGUGCCUGCGCGUUCCCUCCCACUCCCAGCCGGGCCUCGCCUUCCUCAUGAAGAACAUGUCCGCGCUCGGCCGCGACCUGGCGCACACCGUCAUCGUUGACAACACCCCCACGGUGUUUGGGUACCAGCUGGACAACGGCAUCCCGAUCGCGUCCUGGUACGAGGAUGCGGCCGACUGCGAGCUGCUGCACCUGCUGCCCUUCCUCGCCAAGCUGGCCGCCGCGCCCGACGUCCGCCCACUCGUCGCGCAACGCUUCCCCCUGCACAGGAUGGUGCACUCAGCGAUGAGCAAGUUUCCGGUGGCGUUCCCGUGCGCGCAGCCAGCCCCGGGCCCGGAGGCGCGGCGGCCGCCGCUGCCGCCACAACCGCCGGCCGACACUGCCUCGUUGGGCCUGCUGGCCGACGCCUGCAUGGGCCUCGCCUGCGACGAGGACCUCGGCAACUCGCCCUUCGAAGCGCUCGACGACGACGAUGAUGAUAUCAGCGCUGCGCAGCCGCAAGAUCAGGCCGUGGAGUUGCCGGGGAUCGCCGAUGAAGAUCUUGCCCCAGUGGAGCGCAUGGCGGCGGAGGCCGACGCGGCGCUCAGCGCCAUGGCGGCCGGGCCGGCCGCGCCCGUUACGGGCCAGCCGGACCUCGUCCCGGUCGGCUGCGCCGCGGCGCACCUUGAGCCGGAGUCGCCGUCCGCCUCUGAGCUCGCCGCAGAGGCGCUGCCGGCCGGCGGCGACGCGGAGAGCAUGUGGGCCGCAGAAGCAAUCGCCGAGGCCGACAUGCUGUCGCACCUGGAGUGCGUCGGGUCCCCGGUGGAAGCCGUUGCGCAGCUGAGCCUGCCGAUGUUCCCCGAAGCGGUAACGCCGCCAGAGACCCCGGUCCGCGGAAACCCGCCGCCGGCACCGUUCACGGACGUCCAGUCAGCGUCCGGUGAGUCAGCGGGUGACUCAGCCGAGGCGGCGUCCGGUCAGCAGCAGCUUGCGCAGCUGGCCAGCCUGGUCCGGCGCAGCAGCAGCGAGGGGAUGCCAGGUCAGCGUCAGGUCAUCUCCGGGUUCGAGACGGACCUUGCCGGUGCCCUUCAGCAGCGGCUUUGCCGUUUGGACGCCGUCAAUGAUGCAUGCGGCAGCAGCCGACAAGACAGCGGCAGGCUCCGAGAGGCCGCCUCUGCGCCGCCCACGCUGGAUCUGACAGACUACCUUCUUGACCAGGGGCCCCGCCUCCAGUCGAACGGUCUGAAAACAGCGGGAAGGCUGCCGGGGCAGCUGCACCGGCUACCCAUGGGGCGAGCCGGCAGCGCAAGCGCAUCGCUGGACCUGGAUGCAUUAGAGGAGCUGUUUGCGCCCAGCAGUCUGAUCGGGAGCAUCCUCAGCGCCAGCUCAGCGGACAGCACAGAAGGCGGGGGGUCCCUGUGCGGCCCCAAGGAAGUGCAGUCCCCCCAGAUUGCAUGCGCCUGA